UUCUGGUCUGGCUGCCUGCUUGUCCAAGUGGUGUGCAAGUCCGGAGUGCGUGGGCGCGGGAUUUUUUGAGUUGGAUAAUAUCCCAUACAGUCAUUGCGUGCCGGCGCAUGCUCCAUUAAGCAUCCAUCGCCAUGCCUGCUGAUAUCCGGAGCUUUUUUGGUGGGAAGUCUAGUCAAGGCUCUAACGCAUCUCCCGCGAAGCCCGCGGCAAAGAAGGAGGAGCCUUCCACUAGAAAAAAGCGAACUAGAAAGGUGGUGGAUGAUAGUGACGAUGAGGAAGUGGUCGCGACCAAGACCGCAAGCCCAAGGGUGAAGGCUCCGAGCAAGCCAAAGCCAGAAGUAUCGAAAGGCGAACCGACGUCGACCUCGGACUAUUUCGCUUCCAGUAAGAAGAGGGGCAGACCCCCCAAAGAAUCUAAGCCUCAGCCUGCUGCCGCCGACGAUCUGGAGCCGAAGCCGUCCCCGAAACCGAAAAAGCCCACAGUCACCGAGCAACCCGUGAAGAGACCUCAACGUGGGUCCACCAAAAAAGCCACAGCUAUUCUCGAUGACGAAGAACUUGGCGACGAUGACAUUUUUGCGACAGAGUACAAAAAGCCGGGCAAGGGUGAUGAUGAUUAUGUCGAGGAAGAGGACAAGGACGGUGAUAGCGACUUCGAGGAACUUGCGGUAAAGCCAGCCAGUGCGGCCCCCGGGCGACAGGGGCGUAGGAAACAGGCACCCGUUUCCGAUUCGGAUGAGGAUGUGGUAAUGGAGGAUCUGCCUAAGCGACCUUCAAGAGCCACCAAGUCCGCAACCUCUCAGCCAGCGCGGAAGCGCAAAUCUGAAGUUCUCGACAAGGAUGAGGAUCAUGAGUCGAAAAGCAGUCCCAAGAAGGGCGCUCAGGCUAAAGCCGCUCCUCGUACCCCCAAGAAACCACGGGCAUCUGCCAAAGUCGAUCGACCUGAAAGCAAGGAGAUACAGGACAUAUUCGAUAGCAUUCCAACGGUUAGGCCACCCUCACCUCCACCAGAUACUGGCGAAAAAAAGAAAUUCAAUUUCGCUGCCCAAGCACAGCGCUCGACCGGUCCUGCAGCUGGAAGUGCUGAAUUGCCAGUGGGAGCAGAGAAUUGUCUUGCUGGACUUUCCUUCGUCUUUACCGGUGUUCUGGACACGCUCGGCCGUGACGAAGGGCAAGUAUUGGUGAAGAAAUAUGGAGGCAAAGUUACUGGAGCCCCUAGCUCAAAGACUAGCUAUGUCGUCUUGGGAGCAGACGCUGGGCCUAAGAAGCUUGCAACGAUCAAGCAGCAUAAUCUGAAGACGAUUAAUGAAGAGGGUCUGUUCGAACUCAUCCGGCGACUUCCCGCCAAUGGUGGAGACGGGAAGGCAGCAGAGCAGCAUGAAGCGAAGAAAAAAGCGGAGGAAGAAAAGAUUCGAGCGAUGGCAGCUGAAAUUGACCGUGAGGAGAAACGCAAAGCGGCGGCGGCGGCGGCCAAGCGCAACGAUACUCCCUCGGGGCCUCAACCACCGUCAAGUUCCCAGCCGCCAAGUUCCCAGAGCGCGAAGAUUGAUGAUCGUCUAUGGACUACCAAAUAUGCGCCAACCUCGCUCAAUAUGAUUUGUGGCAACAAAGGUGUUGUCGAGAAGCUACAGAACUGGCUCCGCGACUGGCACAAGAAUGCUAAAGCUGGCUUUAACAAGCCAGGAAAAGAAGGCUCAGGAUUAUAUCGCUCUGUUAUGAUUCACGGGCCACCUGGAAUUGGCAAGACCACUGCAGCACACCUGGUCGCAAAGCUAGAAGGGUACGAUGUUGUUGAGACGAAUGCAAGUGACACCCGGAGCAAGAAGCUCGUGGAAAACGGCCUCCUUGGUGUUCUGGACACAACAUCCCUGCAGGGCUAUUUCUCGGGUGUGGGCAAGAAGGUGGAGAGCGAGAAGAAAAACCUGGUUCUCAUCAUGGACGAAGUUGACGGAAUGUCUGCCGGUGAUAGGGGUGGUGUAGGCGCUCUGGCGGCAAUCGCCAAGAAGACUCACAUCCCGCUGAUCCUGAUAUGUAACGAACGGAGGCUUCCGAAAAUGAAGCCCUUCGAUCAUGUCUCAUUUGAACUUCCGUUCAGACGCCCGACGGCUGAGCAGAUCAGGGCCAGACUUUCGACAAUCUGCUUCCGCGAGGGCUUGAAGAUCCCACCCCAGGUUCUGGACAGCCUCAUUGAAGGCACGAAUGCUGAUAUCCGACAAGUGAUUAAUAUGCUCUCGACGGUGAAACUGGACCAGACCAACCUGAACUAUGAAAAGGGACGGGAAAUGUCCAAAGCAUGGGAAAAGCACAUUGUGCUCAAGCCGUGGGAUAUCGUCGGCAAGAUCCUCAGUGCUCAGAUGUUCUCGCCGAGCUCAAAGACCACUUUGAAUGAGAAGAUUGAGCUCUACUUCAAUGAUCAUGAGUUCAGUCCGUUGAUGCUCCAGGAGAACUAUCUGAAAACGAAACCGGUGUUAGCUGGAGGGUAUCAGGGCAGAGAACAGAAGCUGAAGCAGCUCGAACUGGCAGACAAUGCGGCUUCAAGCAUUAGCGAUGGUGACCUUGUCGACAGAAUGAUCCAUGGAUCCCAGCAGCAAUGGAGUCUGAUGCCUACCCAUGCCGUCUUCAGUUUUGUCCGGCCAGCGAGCUUCGCAUACGGCAACAUGAUGGAACGGCCCGGAUUUACUAGUUGGCUGGGACAGAACAGUAAACAAGGGAAACUUUGGCGUUAUACGAAAGAAAUUCAGGGUCAUAUGCGCCUUCGUGCUUCUGGAGACCGCGAUGAAAUUCGACAACAGUAUAUGCCGCUCCUCUGGGACCGCCUGGUCCGCCGGUUAAUGGUCGAGGGCAAGGAUAGUGUCGACGACGUUAUUGAUUUUAUGGACAGUUAUUUCCUGACCCGAGAGGACUGGGACGCUCUCGUGGAGCUUGGACUGGGCCCCAUGGAUGAAUCCAAUGUCAAGCUUCAAACACAGACAAAGGCAGCCUUCACGCGGAUUUACAAUCAGCGCUCGCAUCCACUUCCUUUCAUUAAGGCCAGCAGUGUCGCUGUACCGAAGAAAAUGCCGAAGGAGAAGCCUGACCUCGAAGAUGCUAUCGAGGAGUCGGAUGAGGAAGAGGUCCUUGAAGACGAUUCGAAGAACAACGAUGAGAGUGAAGAAGAGCUUGAUCUAAAGAAGGAUAAGUAUGUUCGCGUGCCCAAGAAAGCGGCCGCCUCGAAGGGCGGCGCUUCCAAGGGACGGAAGACGAAGAAAGCAGCAGCGAACGAUGAUUUCAUUGACGACGAGGAGGAGAAGCCGAAGAAGAGCCGAGCUCGAAAGCCCAAGGCCAAGUGAUUAUGCCAAUACUUCUGAUCAUGAUUUUGUAUUUUAUCAUGGAGAUGUCACCAUCUCUGCGGAGGAUGAUUAUUGUCCUGUCUUAACGAUUUAUCCCGGGCUGCAUCAGAGCCGAGUUGGCUAGAGGGUCUGUUGUGUCUGUUCAUAACCUUGUCAAUUUCUGAACCAAGUCAGAGGCCCGAAAGAUUCGUUUCUGUUAGGGAGCGUAAUAUAAUACUGUCAG